AUGCCGAUACAGAUAUUUAAAAAUCCUGUAUCUGCGGUGGAACACUCCUUUAAUUAUCUGGAGAUCCAGGGAAUUGCUUGCAACAAGCCAACGCAGCUGUCCAUAGAAUAUGAGCGCGGCUCAUUUUCGUUGAAGUUGCCCUCCACAGACGAGGUAAAUGAGGUGGUGGCUCACAUAGGAAACUGUAUGCAGAGGAUAUGUCCAGGUCUGCCCCCUAGUAAAGUGAUGAAGAAGCUUUGCAUGGAGCCUCCAGACCGGCUCUCUUCUCUGCAGACUCUGUGGGAGAACAAUAAACCUGCUGAACCUGGACCCUGUGGUGGGUUUUCUCAGAUGUACCGAUGUGUUUGUGACUGGUUGGGGAUGCCUUACAGAGAAGAGGUGCAGUGGGAUGUAGACACUAUAUAUUUAACGCAAGACACCAGAGAACUUAAUUUGCAGGACUUCAGUCAUCUGGAGAACAGGGAUCUGGUAGCUAUAAUAGCAGUCCUGGAGUUUAACCAGUGGUUCACCAAGGUCUCUACUAAGGAUUACAAGCUGUCUGCAGAUGUGUGUGAGCAGAUCCUUCGGGUGGUGUCUCGAUCCAGUCGACUGGAGGAGUUGGUCCUGGACAAUGCAGGACUCAAAACCGAUUUUGCCCAGAAGCUAGCUGCUGCUCUGGCCCACAACCCCAGCUCAGGACUCACCACUAUUAAUCUUGCCAACAACCCACUGGAGGACAGAGGUGUUUCCUCACUGGGUGCUCAGUUUGCCAAACUCCGUUUGGGGCUCAAACAUUUAAACUUUUCCAAAACCUCACUCUCACCCAAAGGGGUGAAUAGCCUUUGCCAGUCACUGAGUGCCAACCCGUCCAUCCCCAGCAGCCUAGUCCAUCUGGACCUCUCAGGGAACAUGCUCCGAGGAGACGACAUGCAGCACUUCUACCACUUCCUCGGCCAGCCAAACAGCCUGGCAACCCUUGACCUCUCCAACACUGAUUGCUUAUUGGACCAGCUGCGGUCUGGAGGAUCUCAGAUCCUUGAAGGUUGUAUUGCUGAGAUCCCAAACAUCUCCAGCCUGGAUAUCUCUGACAACGGAUUAGACUCAGAGUUGUCCACUCUGCUUGUUUGGUUGGCCAAGAACCGGUCCAUCAGACACCUCUCUCUGGGCAAGAAUUUCAACAACAUCAAAUCCAAAAAUCUCGCUCCAGUGUUGGACAGCUUGGUUCACCUGAUUCAGGAGGAGGAGUCGCCCCUCACCUCUCUGUCUCUAGCAGACUCCAGGCUCAAGAGUGAUCUCACCAUCGUUCUCAAUGCUUUGGGCAGCAACUCCACGCUCACAAGGCUUGACAUCAGUGGGAAUGCAAUGGGUGACAUGGGGGCCAAAAUGCUGGCUAAGGCGUUACAGAUCAACUCCAAACUCAGGACUGUGAUCUGGGAUAAGAACAACACCAGCCCUCAGGGUCUGCAGGAUGUAGCAGCCGCUCUGGAAAAGAACUUCACCAUUCGUUUCAUGCCCCUCCCCAUCAUCGAUGCCUCCCAGGCUCUAAAGGCGAGCCCUGAGAAAACUGAGGAUGCCUUACUAAAGAUUGAAACGUAUUUGUACAGGAACCACGAAACGAGAAAAUAUCUUCAGGAACAGGCUUAUCGGCUUCAGCAGGGCAUCGUAACCACAACCACACAGCAGAUGAUUGACAGGAUUUGUGUUAAAGUCCAGGACCACCUGAACUCUCUGAGGAACUCUGAGACGGACGUCAUCUUGGAGGAUGUCAGGUCAGCGGAGAGCCUCAUCAAAGAUGCCAGGAAUUCAAAAACGCUGCUUCCCAACCUCUACCACCUCGGAUCAGCUUCCAGAGAGGAGGUGAACAGUACUUCAGUAGGUCCAAUUCAGGAGAAACUGGAGUCUAUGGCCGGGGAGGUGACUGCUGUCAUGGACCAACAGCUGCAGACGCUAUUGGAGACCAUGGUGGAUGCAGCAGAGUCUCUGUGUCCUCAUGUGAUGAAGAAGAGUAAUCUUCGAGUAGAGCUGAUGAAGGCCAGCUCAGCUCGGAUGGUUGUACCUAAAAGCUUUGUUAGCAAAACCCUCCUGGAGCAGUCUGGGGUAGAUAUCAUCAACAAGAUCAGUGAGGUGAAGCUGAGUCUAGCGUCCUUUCUGUCCGAUCGCAUCGUCGAUGAGAUUUUGGAGGCUCUUUCCACGUCACAGCACGUGCUGGCGGAUCAUCUGGUACGCCGAGGUCGCCCCUUGGUGCAGCAGGAGUCGGUGGACCUGGAUGUGCCGGAGGAAAAGAUUCCAAAAAGGGCAUCGGCCGAGAUACUGGAGGCUGAGAGGCUCGAGGAUUUGGAAACAUGUAUGAUUCUGUGCUGCACCAGUAUGACUCCGAAAUCCAAAAGGAAGAGCAUCCACAGCAGGAUGCUGCGACCAGUGUCUCGUGCCUUUGAGAUGGAGUUUGACCUGGACAAAGCCCUAGAAGAUGUCCCGAUCCACAUGGAGGACACUUCAACUUCAUCUCACACUCCAUCCACUCCAUCUAUGGUGCAGCCCAAACUGGAGCCAUGUCCCACAGGUGUGAUGGUGGAGCUUCCAUCUGAGGAAGAAAAAAAGCUCCAGCACUUCACCAAACUCCGACCUCGGAGGAACAAAAAGACACAUUCCAGCAAAGUACCACAAAUCAGCAGCACUCCAUCUCAAGAUGGGGAACAGAACGGCCUCAUGGGAAGGGUGGAUGAGGGUGUAGAUGAGUUCUUCUCUAAAAAAGUCACCAAGAUGGAUUCCAAGCGUUCCCUGAAGAGUUCAGAAUCUCAAGAUGGCGAGAAGAAAAAGAAAGGAGGAUUUCUAAAUCUCAUCAAACGAUCCUCUAAAUCGGAUAAAUCAGACAAACUGGAUAAGUCUGAGAAAAUCCAGGCCACUUUAACAUCCUCGGGUCCAUCACCCUCUGCACAGGCAUCCGUCAUCCCAGAGGAGCCUUCCUCACCGAAGGUUGCAGUUAAGAGCCCGGCACCUGAGCCGAAGUCGAGCCCUGACAGACCUGACAGCAAUACAACAGCCAAGCCUCAACCCACCACUCCAGAAAGCAGGUCUCCCGGUGGUUCUGUUAGUAAGCCCGACCCUGCUUCUCCAGAGAAGACCUCACCACGCGGUGAGACUAAGCCCGAGCCAGCUCCUCGUGUCAGAGCUACGUCUUCCUCGAGUUCCCCAGGAGGACCAGUAAGUCCCAAACCACCGGUGCCACAGGGAGCAAAGCCUGCUCUGGCUGCUCGACCUACAAUCCCGCAGAAGCCGAGGACCACGAAUAGCAGCAGGAGCAUAGAUGAGAGCUCAGAUUCCACCAGCAGUGGCAGUGUGUCUCAUAAAGCCACAGUUCUUCCUCCAACACUGAAGAGGGUGCUAUCGGAAAAAGGCAAGGACGGAGUCUACACCAACAAAACCACUCAGGAAGUGAGAUCUGUGUUGGACUCUGUUCAGCGAUCCAGCUCUCUCAGCACCAACUCUGAAGAUCACAGCUCCUCCAAGACCAAGGACCAAAGCGCAAACUCAGACAAGGACAAAGCAGCAGGCAAGAAGUCCUCAGACUCUGGGGAGGAGGCAGACAAAGACUUUAUUUUGAUAUAAGUAAAACAAAUUGACGUAAAACGCCUGUUGACAAGCUUCAAAUUUACAUUGAACGAAGGAAGGCCCCCACAGGGCAGCAAACCUAACUGUUGUUUCUUUUGUGUUAGAGCUUGUACCUGUAGGUCCUGUCUGACUGCACAGUACAACAAUCAUAUUUGGUUUGUAGUAGUUUAUAAAAAGAAAACCUCUUAAUUUAAUCAUGUUUAAUGAUGGGUUUUAACUCCCUGGUUAUCUAACCUAACCCAAAUACUUUACUAUGUCGCAAAAGAGCUUCCUUCUCACAGACAGCCUUCUCUCUCCUCUCUAGAUCACGCUAUUGAUCUCUGCUUUCAGGUAAAAAUCUCAUGUCUGGAACCUAAAUAGAAAUCUUAAGUUUUCAAACCACUAAAAAUGAUGCAUGACAUUUAUACAAAAAAGCAGAGAGACUGUGAAAGUGUGUGUACGUGUAAAAUCUUUAACUUGAGUCUUUCUGUUGUCCGUUGCCAUAGCUCGUCUCCGAAGGACCAAACACACAAUACGGCUCACGUCACGAUUACUGUACUUUACCCAUACAACCAGACCAGGAAUCAAUGGCGUUUGUUUUUUUCCAAUAUAUUUUUACAGAUUUUGGUAUAUACAAUCUUCAGCAUGUGCAAAGGACUUUUUGGGGACUUGAACGGUGCCUGAAUCCAUUAUGCAAUUCGUGUUUUUUUUACAGGAAUAUACAGGUUUCAGCUGAGACUCUAAGCAAAGACACAACUCAGAUAUAUUUGAUGUACUUUGACUUACUCACAGGGGACUAGCCAGACUACACUGCAGGACUGAGGGAUAACUGUAAAUCAGUGUAAAGCAAACACACCACCUGGACUCGAGUUAGACUCACUGCAAGAGCUGGAGUGACAGUGUGAUGUGUUUAACUUUAACUUUAUUGAUAAUCAGUAUGGCUUCAGCACUGUUAAAUAAUACUGUUCUCUGUACGUAAACACUGUGGAAAAAUAUCUUAUUUGCUGUUUUAAGGGGAGAGGAUACCACUAAAGUGCAAUACAGAGUUUGAUUGUAUACAUUUUGGCCAAAUUUCUGUGUUUAUAACAAAAUUAAAUUCUUACUAAAUGUUCCUGAAAACAAAUUGCAGCCUUUAGUCGAAAUGUUGAGACUCUGUAUUGCUCUUAAAGAUAAAGAGGGCUCCUUCUUUCCAAAAACAAACUAAUGUUAUUCAUUGAGUAAUAUUGACAUUCCUCCAAAAGAAAAGCCCAGGCUUUGAAAAUAACCUCAUCAGUUUGUUCUUUGUGUAAAAGCCGGAUACAGGAAGGAAAUCCAGCCUUCAGACACUCUUCUUCCUCAGCAUCUUCCAAAUUUAGUUCACUUUUACUUUCCACACAGGACGGGAAAAAAAACUCAAGCCAUUAGGUGGCAAACAUAAUGCUUAAAUUCAAAAAGCAAGCAGUGCCUAAAGUGAAAGUGAACUGAAGGUAGCAGUAUUUUGACCACGUGGACCUUCGGGCUAUUUUGUACAUACCAUUUUCAGGAUCUGACUGAGUCACAUUAGCUCGGGCCUCAGGCCAAAUUCUUCUGAUUUCUCUCUUCUAAGAACAAGCAGUGACCUUUUCACACUGAUACAGUUUGCGAACUUUCUCAAAUAUAUGGUGCUUUUGGAAAAAGUAAAGAAAACAGUGAAAGUGGCAAAGGAUUAGUGGACAGCUCAUCUCUCCAUCUGCACGUGAGGCUGGGUUUUUUGAUACUGGACCAUGCAGUUUCACAGACGUUGCAUAAAUGGUUUGAUAUCCCACUCAUGCCACGUCGGUUUUUAGUGGCCGAUAUGCUUCAGUCAACCCACUCUUCCUGAGUGUGAUGCUGCACUGUGUUGCCAGUUCAGUCUUAAACAGAUGCCUCUGUUUUUAUUUCGAGCUCUGCAGUCACUCGGCCUUACACAAUGUCAGCAUCACACUCUAUAAACACCGGUAUGUAAACUCCAACUUUUUAUAUCGCAUUAACUACUUAUUCUGCAGGUCGAGCUGUGCUCUAUUGUCAUUUUGAUAUGUGCGCUCAAGAUUGGGUCUUCAUGAACAGUGUGAAAGGGCCAUGGCUUGUAUUUAUGUUACUGUGCAAGAGCCUAAUUCAAGCCAGGGCCAAAGGUCUUACUGGUGCACCUUUUCCAUAUAUUAUGGUGUCUUCUGAUGUCUUUUUUCUAGGGUUAGGUUUUGCUUCUUUGUCACUAAUCAUGGACUUGAAAUAACAACGUCUCUGCUGUAUAUAGUCUUGUCCCUAAGAGCUGCUUUGAUUUUCAACACUUCACUUUUUGUCUCAAAGGUGUUCACGCCUAUCUAAAACAAACAAAAACAAAAAAAGCACUACUUUGCAAUAUGCUGCAAGGAAAGGAUCCGGACAUCUGUGGUAUCGCGUGAAAGAUAGUUUCCAGUUUCCUUCCAAACUUGAGUGUCCACAUCGUUUCUGUUGGUGGGAGAAACAUGAAAAUAACUCGUAGCAUUAAGUUUAGACCUCGGCGUCUACGUGUGUGACUGCAUGAUGUGACUGUGAGUUGUACUGUAUGUAUAUAUGUGCUUUCAUACAUGUAGGUGUGUGUAUAUAUGUAUGUGUAACAUAUGCACGUGUAAUAUACUUACAUAUGAUAUAGCCACACACCUAUGUGACCGCAGCGAAUCCUAUAUUGUUUUGGUACUAAGUACACUUCUAUACUAGGGAUUUGUUUGUAACUUAUUUGGAAUAAUAAAAAAAGCAAACAGUGGCCGGUGAUGUCUUGAUCAUUUGUUGGUUUUCCUCUCACUUGUUUAUAAAUGUAGAAAUGAAUUCUUUGUACGUAAUUAUUUAUUAAACGUAAUCACUUUAGGUUUACUUUGAUUGUUAAUGCACUGCAAUGUGUUUUUGUUGUUUGGUUGUUUCCUUCUGUCAUUCAUACAUCACUUGUUCUGUUUGGACACAGUUAAAUAUGUUCCACUAAGUCUGAUGAUGAGCAUUUCUUCAUGCAAUUAAUACUGAUUAAAAUAAUUUU